CCCGCUAGGGUAUUCUUCAAAUAGAAACCCCAAGUCAAUAGGUUCCGUACCUGAGGGUAGUUGACUUGUUAGAAAUAGUGGGAGAGUAUUUAAUAAAGACCUAUUAGAUACUUAAUUCAUGAUAAUAACUAUUUUUGCAAAAUUCUGUAGAUGGCAAACAACAACACAAACAACAUCGCCCUGCGUUCCAUUCUAGAUAAAGAUAAAUUGAACGGAACAAACUUUGUUGACUGGCAACGCAAUCUCUGCAUUGUUCUCCGCAUGGAUGAGAAAGAGUAUGUGCUCGAAAAGCCCAUUCCUCCUGCCCCUCCCGCUAAUGCCCCGAAAGCGGUCAAAGAUGCCUACGAGAAACACGUUAAGGAUGACAACCAGGUUAGCUGUGUCAUGCUGGCUACCAUGAUAACUGAGCUGCAAAAACAGCACGAGGACAUGAAGGCCCACGAGAUGAUCGUGGCCUUGCGGCAGCUAUGCCAUGAACGUUUUCUCGUGAGUAAGGCUCUCUUUAGUUGCAAGCUCUUUUCAGGGAACCCGAUCGGUCCGCACGUUCUCAAAAUGAUUGGUUACAUAACCAAUCUGGAGAAACUCAGGUUCUCCUUGCAGAAGGAGUUGGCAACGGACCUGAUCCUGCAGUCGCUCCCUGAGCUGUAUAAGGGUUUUGUCAUGAACUACAUGAUGCAUGAUCUUGACAAACCCCUUCUGGAGCUUCUUAAAAUGCUCCAGAUUGUAGAGGAGAACCUUACUAAGGGCAAGGGUGCUUCCGUCCUUAUGGUCCAAGGCGGAAAGGGGAAGCCAAAGAAGGGGAUUAAGAUUAAGGCUAGGACGGUCGGAAAGCCUAAAUCGAAGUCCACUUCAUCUGCAACCCAGAAACCCAUAUGAGGAGUUGCAAAGGGCAAAUGUCAUCACUGUGGUAAGGCAGGCCACUGGAGAAGAAACUGCAAGACAUACCUCGCAACCAAGAAGAAGGAAGGUACGAUCAUUUCUUCUGAGGUGUAUGUUAUAGAAGUUAACAUGUCUAUAUCUUCAUCAUGGGUACUAGAUACUGGAUGUGGGUCUCAUAUCUGUACUACCAUGCAGGGACUGAAGCAGAGUAGACGGUUAGCUCGAGGCGAGAUUGAACUCCGAGUCGGCAAUGGUGCACCUGUUGCAGCUUUGGCAAUCG